ACCAAAUUUUCAAACACUUCUUUGAAUUUUAGUUGUCAAAACAAAAACCCUUUUUAAAGGCUUUUUGAACCAUUUCUCUGUUCUAACUUCCAAAAACCAAAAACCAAUGGUACUUUUGAUAGAGAAACUAGCAAAACAUUGCUUCUUCAAGCUGGAGAAUCACCACCACCCCAUCACACACCCUCAGCCAGAGGAGUUUUCAUCAUCUUCGUCACUUCUGGCUUUCAAAUCUCAUGUGUCUAAAUCAAUCGACCAAUUAGCAUUGGAUUUGAAAGCCAGAUCAGAAACCUUGUCCUUGACAUGGUUUGAAAGGUGUUUAAGCCUCUUGCCUUUGAUCAACAAGGCUUUCGCAACGCUUGUUGCAGAUAUGAACUACCCAAUGAGUGAAUGGGAGGUUGGUUCCACUGAAGGGUAUCUCAGCUACACCUUGAGUUUGCUAGAGCUUUUCAAUUCUAUUUCUUCUUGUCUUUCUCAUCUUGGCCAAGCUAGGAUUUCUCUGGCUCAUGGUUUGACCCUGGUGGAAAACUCACCUUCUUUGGCCAGAAAGCAUCUGAAAGGAAUUCAAUUUCAACAGGGGGGUUUCAACACCAACUUUGGUAAAGAUCUUGAUGAAACAAGGGUUUUCUCUGAGAAAGAGAGGAGUGUUCAUGAGGCUGUGAAGGAGAUGAAGAGUGUUGGAUUCUGGGUAUGUGGGGUUUUGUUGACUUGUUUAUACGGUGAUGGUAAGUCAUACAUGGAGCUGAGAAAAGUUGCUGGUGGGUUUGAUAGUUCUCUGGUUGCAACACUUGAUUUCCAAAUUGGUGAACAGUUCGUGGAGAAAGUUCCCAUCUUCAGUGAGAUUAAAGAGGUCAAUGAUGCUGUUGCUGACCUUGUUGCUGCUGAUGAAGUAAGAAGACACUACGCAGCCAAGGAAUUGCAGACGAAGCUUCAAGUGUUGGAGAAGUUAUCUGAUAGUAUAAGCAAGGAGGUGGAUAAUUUGUUUUCCAAUGUAAUGACUCAGAGAUCUAAAUUAAUUGACGGCUUUCGACUACAGCAACAGCCACAGAAAUCAAGUUUCUGAUCAUGUAGCAUAUGUUAUGUAUAUAGCAGUAAUUAUCAUGUAUUAUGUAUAUUAGCAGUAGUUCUUGAUUACUUCUGUAAUUGUAUACGGUGGUUAUUUGCACACUGAAGCACAAUUUGUAAUACAUUUGAAAUAAGAAUGAUGAAAGACGUGGUUCUAAAGAUACAAUUUAUAAUACUA